AUGGCCUCCGCCGCCGCAGCUCGUGGUGGCACGUCCAUGUCCAUGUCCAAUCCAGCAGCAGCCGAGGCGGAGGGGAUGCAGAGGGUGCGGCGGAAGAAGGACUUCAGGCACAUGGAGCGCGUGGACGGGCGCAUGGUGAACGUCCUCCAGGGCCUGGAGCUGCACACGGGCGUCUUCUCCCCCGCCGAGCAGCAGCGCAUCGUCGACUACGUGCAUGACCUGCAGGACAAAGGCCGCCGCGGCCUCCUCGGAGGUAGUAAGCGCACGUACUCGGAGCCCCGCAAGUGGAUGCGCGGCAAGGGCCGCGCCACCAUCCAGUUCGGCUGCUGCUACAACUACGCCACGGACCGCGACGGCAACCCGCCGGGGAUCAUCCGCCGCGAGGAGGCGGACCCGCUGCCGGCGCCGCUCAAGUCCAUGGUCCGUCGCCUCGUGUCGUGGAGCGUCCUCCCGCAGGACUGCGUGCCCGACAGCUGCAUCGUCAACGUCUACGACGUGGGCGACUGCAUCCCGCCGCACGUGGACCACCACGACUUCGCCCGCCCCUUCUGCACCGUCUCCUUCCUCGCCGAGUGCGCCAUCCUCUUCGGCAGGGACCUCAGGGUGGUCAGCCCCGGCGAGUUCGCCGGCCCGGCCUCCAUCUCGCUGCCCCCGGGCUCCGUCCUCGUGCUCGCCGGAAACGGCGCCGACGUCGCCAAGCACUGCGUCCCCGCCGUCCACGCCAAGAGGAUCUCCAUCACGUUCCGCAAGAUGGACGCCGCCAAGCUCCCGUUCGGCUUCAGGCCCGACCCGGACCUGCAGAACCUCAAGCCCCUGCCUCUUCUUGCUCCUGUUCCUGUUCCUGUUCCUGUCCAUGUCCGGCCGGUGGUGCCCAGCAACGACGACAGCCCGUCGUCGACGAGCAGCAGCAGGCCCCACCAACAGCAGCUGCAGCAGUCGGCUAGUUCCAUUGUGAGACAGGGGAUUGCUACAAGAGCGCAAGCAAGCCCCGCCGCCACCGCUGCUGCUCCGAUGAGACAGAACGGCGGCGCGUUCAGCCUGUCCUCCGAUGACUUCCCGGCCCUCGGUGCUUCGAAGCCGGCAAAGGCACCGGCAACGGCAGUGGCUAGCAGGGGAAGCAGAGGAAGGCGAUAG